AUGUACAGGAGGAGAAGCCGGAGUAGAACUUGGGACAUAUGCAGAGUAAAACGCCGGUUUGAGACAGAUCAUCGACCUGUGACUCGGGAGCAGGAGCGGCCAGACGCGGACCCCUGGACGAGCCAGAAAGACCCCAUACAACGUCUGCACAGCAAUAACUGGGAUUGGGUGCGGGGCAGCUCUACAGCGGGCCAGUCUACAGCGAGCCAGUCUUCAGCGGGCCAGUCUACAGCGGGCCAGUCUACAGCGGGCCAGUCUACAGCGGGCCAGUCUACAGCUCUACAGCGGGCCAGUCUACAGCAAGCCAGUCUACAGCGGGCCAGUCUACAGCGAGCCAGUCUACAGCGGGCCAGUCUACAGCGGGGCAGACCCGGUCUGUGUGUCUACAGCUCCAAUCAGCGGUGUGACGGCGGUCGUCGGAGGUGGUGCGGGUCCAGCUGGGGACUAGACCCGGACAGUGGGCUGUGGCAGCCUGGGGGGCUGCGCUACGUCGCAGGGCACUCCGAGAAGGAUGAAGGAGGAACCGGGGACUCUGAUGAUUUGCUCCUAGACCAAUUCAUGGUGGGCCUUCGUCGAGGACUGGUAAAACAAGAGCUUAGCCGACAGCUGCGCCGCCGUGACGGCACAACAUUCAAGGCCGCCUGCACAGAGGCCCGGGCAUUGGAACAGGAGCUGCAGGCGGAGGAGGAAUCACUGGUCACUAACCGUGUCACAACUUACGGUAGUAAUGGCGCGGACACACUGGUCGACGGCAGACGUGUCACCUGUGUCGUGUCUUCCUGUCCGACCCUGAGGGGCAGUCAGCACACCUUACAAAGGCACCACUGCUUUCUGCUGCCACUGGUCCUUCCUCACUGGCUAGAGUACCAGGGGAAGGGAUGUCGAGCACGGGUCAUCAAAGCGCAGACAGGUAAGGAGGAACGAAAAGCGACACUCAGACAUAGCAGCACGGUACACAGGGAGACCAAUCUACCGGAACUGCGGCCACUCUGGACAUAUGCAGCGCUACUGCCCACAAAGACCCACUCAAAGGCCCCAGGAUUUUUAAGCACCCCUGCAGCUGAGGGCCAAGCGGUAGGGACGGCUAUUCUCGAGCCCAUAACUCCAGCAACAGAAACUCACGAGGCGGCCAACACAGGACUAGGACAGAAGACUGUGCUGGUGGGAUCGCAAGUCUCCAUGAUGAGCCUGAGUCUAUUCAAAAAGCAUAUGGAGGGAACCCAGGUGCAGAGUGCUGAUGAAGUCUCGUGGCUGACCCUGCGCGCUGCAAAUGGGCUCCAAAUCCCUUAUAUUGGCUAUGUCACGGUCAACUGCCUGGGCAACCAUCCAGGGCUGGCAGCGUUCAAGACCACUGUAACGUCAGCGGAAGGGAAGGCGUGGGGCAAAGCUGAGGAGGGUGUGGCCAACGACCCAGAAAAGACUGAGGCUGUGAAGGAGUGGCCGAUACCGCAGACGGAGGAGGCGCCUGAAGUGGGAUCGGGCAGUCCAGAGCACCACCCCCAGCAGCCCCUUUCGAAUUGCUGGCUGCCCAGAGUGACUGUUACCGGAACUAUACAACCCUUCGAGCCACCCAGAGACAUUCAGGUAGCUGCUCCACCUGGCCUUCCCGAACAACCCCCGCCUCUGGGAUUGCGUGCGGGGCAGCUUUACAGCGGGCCAGUCUACUGCGGGGCAGUCUACAGCUCUACAGCGGGCCAGUCUACAGCGGGCCAGUCUACAGCGGGCCAGUCUACUGCGGGGCAGUCUACAGCUCUACAGCGGGCCAGUCUACAGCGGGCCAGUCUACAGCGGGCCAGUCUACAGCGGGCCAGUCUACAGCGGGCCAGUCUACUGCGGGGCAGUCUACAGCUCUACAGCGGGCCAGUCUACAGCGGGCCAGUCUACAGCGGGCCAGUCUACAGCGGGCCAGUCUACUGCGGGGCAGUCUACAGCUCUACAGCGAGCCAGUCUACAGCGGGCCAGUCUACAGCGAGGCAGAGGGAGAUCGGGAAAAGACCCAAAUACAACGCUGCAACCACUACGUGUGAAAGCAUCCCACGCAUCCCGACACCUCACCCACCUGCGCAGAUUUGGACAGCGGGCCCGGACCGGAGGAUGUUUAUUUGA